UGUGAUACGUGAUUGACCCGCAGGGCGCAUUGGCAGUGCGGUGGACAUCGUAUUCUCCUCCUCCUCCUCCUCCUCGUCCUCCUCGUCCCCUCUCUCUCUCUCUCUCUCUCUCUCACACACACACACACACACACACACACACACACACAAGCUGCAGUGUUUUGUCUAUGGGAUCUCUCCGACCUCGGACGACGCUGGAUAUGGGCUCCUGGACUGUCCUGCGGUUUAAGACACCGUUGGCUAUGCGUUCCUGCCGGGGUAGGGCUGCUGUCUUUAUCUUCGUUGUUCUUUGUGUAAUACCUCCGAACGUGUUCGCUCAGGAUGCAACCGAGACUCCUGUCCAGAGAGAUGCUACUCCGUCUUCAGCGCCUGCGACUUCCCCAACCUUGUCCGACUCUCCUGUUGCUNAGCGCCUGCGACUUCCCCAACCUUGUCCGACUCUCCUGUUGCUCAAAGAGGCGUUCCUCCGGCGCCGGCUUCGACGCCUGUAUCAUCCCCACCACCCCCUCCUGAGACUCUCGAGUCGGAUGGUGAUUGUCAAAGAUCACAUGUGCAAAAUCGGGACGGGAGCUCGGAGUCUAGGAUUGGAAGAGGAAGUGGUUUGCAUGGUCGAGCGAGAUGUGAAACCUCUUCAGGCGGGGCGGCUGCUUGUCGGCAGACGGCAGGGGGACCACUGCAUAUGGGGCAAGGAAGGAGCCUCGGAGGCGAUUAAAAGUUGUCGUAGCAUGGCUUGGGGAAAGCUGUUCCUUAUCGGACUGAUGGAAGUGAAUGCCUGGACGACUGGCUCCAAUGGCCCUACCGAGAUAUGCGGGGUGAUUCCCGAGAUUAACGGUCUCGGCCACCAGUAUAAAGAGGGCGGGAUGGCACAGUGGCUGACGUCGCCGACCUACGCAGAUGGACCAGAGAUGCCAAUAGAUGUGAAGGGUGGGGUAUCAGUUGUAAUGCCAGAGGAAGGAACGUGGGCGGACCUGGAGCCGGCCUAUCAAACCGUAAUGCUGGCCGAAAGUGAUGCCUUCCUAUGGAUUGAAACGAUGUGGACUAAGGUCGAGGGCGGGGUAGAGAUGGUCUUGCCAACAAGGAACAAGUGGCGCGGAGCGGCCUGCGACUGGGUGGGAGUAGAGAUGGUAUCGACUAUGUCCUUUUUGUGGGUAGAACGGGUGUGGGAUCCAGAUCGAGAAAAUGAGGCGUGGGAUGAAAUACCCGAGGGGAACGUGGAAGCACUUGGGACGGUGUGCCCUUUGAAGAACGGGUGGUAUAUGUUUUGCACGCACCUAGCGGCGGGACGGGACCCGAUGUGGAUUUUAGAGGAUGCCGAGCAGUUGACUUGGGAAAUGGGGAAGGAUUUUGCAAAUAAGGGGUGGGAUGAAGUGGGCAGCAGGGUCGUGAUGGGGGGAUGGGAGGACCUUAGGCUCCCCUACCAGUUAGUCCAAGUGAGGGUGCCGCAUUUUGUUGCAGACUGGUUCGGAGGGUAUGAGCAUAUCCGCGCCGUAGCGGAAUCCAUGGAUGAGGUAGAGCUAGGCUUCGCCUGGUUAUCAGACGCUUAUUACGAGGCGUCAUUGCGGUUCGGGCCGUUUCACGGGGACCGGGCUGAGGAAGUGGUCAAGAUCCUGAAGGAACUUAAGGACUACCGACUAGAGGUAGGAGAGGAAGUCGAGGAGGCGAUACUCCGCCGGGAAAUAGCCGUAGCGCCCUCGUAUGUAGGGGACGUCUUCUUGCUGUUUGAGGUCCUAUGGAUUUGAGUACGGACCUGGGAAGACAAGGGGAUAGGGGGAUUGACUAGGGGAAAUAAAGGGCAUUGUACAUU